CCCAGUCCCUGCUGGACUCAGUCAGAGCAUUUCCAUAGAGCCACUUUGCAUCAGCAGCACCAUGCUCCAGUGCUCUGGGAGAGUUUAUAGUCCUGAGAGUUGAACCCUGGAGGACUGACAGCUGUCCUUCAUGACAACAGGAGCCACAGAAAUCCUCCUCAUCAGAAACAUGACUCUGAUCUCCGUCCUCAUCUGGACUCUCCUCUGCUGCUGCUUCACAGAGUCCAGAGGCCAGGUCACAGUGACUCAGCCUGGAGCUGUCAGCUCUGCUCUGGGAGCCUCCAUCACCAUCAACUGUAAGACCAGUCAGAAUGUUUAUAGUGGGAACCGUUUACACUGGUACCAACAAAGAGAUGGACAAACUCCUAAACUCCUCAUUUACAAUGCUAACACUCGAGCAUCAGGGACUCCAAGUCGUUUUACAGGCAGUGGAUCAAACUCUGACUUCACUCUGACCAUCAGUGGAGUCCAGGCUGAAGAUGCAGCAGUUUACUACUGUCAGAGUGUCCACAACAUCAACAGUCUGUGGUUGUUCACACAUGGAUCAGGGACUGAUUUCACUCACUGUUACGGCACGCCUAUGUUCCCCCUUUUGUUAUAUUGUAUGGAAAUCUGCAUCUUGAUGGUGCUGACCCCCUCCAGCGAGGAGCUGUGGCAGGGGAAGGCCACACUUAUGUGCCUGACCAACAAGGGCUUCCCCUCAGACUGGACUCUGGCUUGGAAGGCGGACGGCAGCAGCAGCACAAACAUCAGUGGCAGCAACAGCUGGGAGGAGACCAGUAGCCCCAUAGUGCUGGAGAAGGAUGGGCGCUACAGCUGGAGCAGCACCCCGAGGAUCCCUGCAGACCAGUGGCGGAAAAUGCGCAGUGGUGGAAAAUGA